AUGUUCGGACGAUCACCAAAUGAUUACGAACCUUACUCAGAUAAUAUGCAUGAUGGAGAAAUUGAAAAUUUAAUAGAUCUUAGUGAUUCGGAAUCGAAUGAUAUGCCAUCUAAGAAGUCAACUCAUCAUAAUCACAACCAUGAAACAAUUUCAAACCCUCCAUCUCCGGCCUCCCUUUCACCAUCAAGUCCAACUCAAAACUCAAAUCCUUCCAUAGAAAAGUUAAGUAAUAAAAUUCCCCCUCAAGUAAGAAAAAGAUCUACCUUUUUCGAUCGUAUAAUAGGCAGAAAGUCACCUUCUCCAACUGAUAAAUCUAUUAGAUCAUCACGAUCAAGUUCUGUUGGCUCGAAUUAUUUACCUCCUUUAUCACCUUUAUCAUUAAAAGGAUAUAAACUGACUACAAAACAUAGGUUGUUGGAUGAUGAAUUGGCUAGUAAUAUCCGAAAUUUAUUACCGGCUAGAUUACAAUUAUUUGAUGAGUGGGAAAUGGUUUACUCCCUUGAACAAGAUGGGAUUUCAUUAAAUACGUUAUAUCGCCAUUGUGAUCCUGAAUUUCAAUUACAACAGUUACAAAAAAAGAAGCAAGAUAGAGGUUAUGCAGAUUCAAUUGUUAAAAGUAUGGUUGUUGGAAGAGCCUCAUCAUCUUACAAUUCAUUUGAAGCUAAAAGGCCGCAAGGCUAUGUUCUAAUCAUUCAAGAUGAAAAGAAUUCUAUAUUUGGUUGUUACUUAAAUGAGAACUUAAGGAUUAUGGAACAUAAAAGAUAUUAUGGUAAUGGAGAAUGUUUCCUUUGGAAAUGUGAAAAUUACAACCCUAGAGUACUUUCCCAUGGCAACCGCGAGCAUGAAGGAAAACAAGCAAUAAGAUUCAAAGCAUUUAUGUAUACUGGGAUUAAUGAUAAUAUAAUAUUUUCAAAUAGUCAAUUCAUAUCAAUCGGAUCAUCCAACGGAGAAAAUGGAUUAUUCAUUGACAAAUCAUUGUAUAAAGGGGUAAGUUACAGAUGUGAAACCUUUGGUAAUGAGAUAUUAAAUGAUCAAAUUGAUGAAAAAUUUGGAAAAUUCAAAAUAAUGGGUUUGGAAAUUUGGCGUGUUGGUACAUUGGUAUGA